AUACUGAAAAUAAUGUCAGAGUGGGAGCUCCUGUUUUCACAUAAUCUCUGUUGUCUUGGUGGUGUCGUUUCCCCGCUAACCGGUUCAAGCUGUAGGAAGCUGGUAGGCAGCUAACAGCUGGAUAAACCUCCGAUAUACUUCCUGUCUGUCCCUGAAGGCAGCCGAACGGAGCCGUGAAUGAACCAAGCAUCUCAAUGCGUCUCCCGUGGCCGCGAUGGCAGCAACAAAAACGGUCUGAGCCUUAGCUUUAGCCAUGUAGCUAGCUGGAGGAUGCUGAAGCUGUUCGGUGCGCUGGUUGUCCUCGGACUGGCUCUGGCGUUCAUCACCUCUUGGGUGCUGGAUAGCUAUGACACGGCUUGGCACCCUAAACGCAGCAUUCGGCACCCGAGUGCCAGUGAUGGAGAUGGACCUAAGGGAAGCUCUCCACCAUUUCCCGGGGACGAGUUGAACAACAUUUUCUGGUUUGUACAGGUGUCGGACAUUCACAUCAGUCGGUUUCGCGACCCAAAACGCAUUACAGAUUUUGAGAAGUUCUGCACCCACACCAUCGAUGUGAUCAAACCGGCUCUAGUGCUCGCGACAGGGGACCUGACAGAUGCCAAAACAGAGAGCAAGGUGGGUUCCCUCCAGCACGAGGUGGAAUGGCAGGCCUAUCAUAACGCCCUGAAGAAGUCGCGAGUGAUGGAGCGCACCAAGUGGAUCGAUAUUCGAGGAAAUCAUGAUGCCUUCAACAUUAUGUCUUUGGAUAGCGUCAACAAUUAUUACAGGUGAGUAAAUAAUCAAUAUGCCACCGAAUUCCUGCUCAAUGUUGAGCUCAAGCAUUCGCAGCAUGAAUCUGAUCAGUGUGUGUUGCGUCUUCGGAGCGGUCUCGCCGCAUUGCAAUCCGAUUAGAGUUCACAUAGACCAGGGGUGCCCAAAGUCGGUCCUCGAGGGCCGGCAUCCUGCACGUUUUAGUUCUCUUCCUGUAUAUAGGACUGGCCCUGCACAGACAGCUCAUUCAAAAACUCACACCCUCUUCCUCGCUACCAAUGAGCAAGGAGGGUGGCUUGGUGAGACACUCACUCAUGCUACUCCAGAGAACCGGGGUUACGAAAGUAACCUGUAUAAAUACUCCUGCAGCGGUCUUGCCGCCGUUCACUUUCAACCAGCA